UCGGUUGAGUAUUAUUAUUUUUAACAUUUUUCAAAGAAAUUUUAUCUGUACUGUUCUCCGCAUAGCGAAGUCAGUGUAUGAACGCCUUUCACGUGAAUCGGACGUCUGAGCAGAGAAGAGAAACGAAUAAAUUUUUGUAUAUUGAAUAAGCGCGCGUUUGAGCCAAGACAUUUUUAAAACGACGAUAAAAGAGCAUACUUUUUGCGGUUUUUUGUUAAAAGAAAUUACUUUCUUUUGUAGAUCUGGUUUUGCGGUUAAUAUUUCGAAAAUAAAAAAAAAAAAAAAAUUUUGCUGGUGUGUAUAUGUACGUUUUAUAUAUUUCUAUUAUUGAUUUUGUAGGCCGCGGCCAGCGUCGCCGAUUUUAAUAAAUUUAUUUUAUUUGUUUUUUUACGUGAAGAAGGUUCGGUUCGGUUUUUUUUCGCUGUUUAACGGGAAAUAAAAAUACGGAAAAAUAAUUAAUGUUUUCGGUUUUUGUGUGAAUUAAGAAUAUUUUCGUGUUUUAACUCGGAAAUGCCAAGUUAAAACAUAAUGUUCGAUCGGAUUAAUAAUAUUUACCGAAUGUGUUAAAUAUGACCUGAAAAAGUGAAUUGAGUAAAGGAUUAAAUCGACGUCAAGUUUUUAUUGGGAUUACUUUAAUAUCCUGGGAGUAAGAUUGUUUUGUGUGUCGAGUAGCUGACGAAACGAAAUCGAUUUAAAGAGAGGACUGGAGACUUCUUAAAUUAAUAUUAAAAUUAGCCAAAAUGAAUUCAACGAAAUUCUGUUUCAAUUAUUUUACAUUGCUGGGUCUUAUAUGGAUAAUUCACAUAACUUAUGGUCAAUCGUGUAGUUUUCCUGGUUCACCUGCACAUAGUUCGGUUACAUUUUCCGACGAAGCGCUGGGAAAUGGAGCUGUUGCCUCGUAUUCGUGUGAACGAGGCUUUGAGUUGUUAGGACCAGCUCGACGAGUCUGUGAUAGUGGAGUUUGGAUACCCGAAGGAAUUCCAUUUUGCGUUCUGAACGUAGCAGCUGGUAAAGCACCAAUGCAAAUUUCAACAGAUGGUGCCGGAAUUCCACAAAAAGCAAUCGAUGGAUCAACAUCAGCAUUCUAUACACCGGAAACGUGCUCACUAACCAAACCAGAGCGGAUACCAUGGUGGUAUGUGAACCUUCUCGAACCCUAUAUGGUGCAAUUAGUGCGAUUAGAUUUCGGAAAAGCAAGUGGUAAUAACAAACCAGCUACGAUUGUAGUUCGUGUUGGAAACAAUAGACCCGAUCUCGGUACAAAUCCCAUUUGUAAUCGAUUCACUGGCGUUUUGGAAGAAGGACAACCACUGUUCCUACCAUGCAAUCCACCGAUGCCCGGUGCUUUCGUUUCCGUUCAUUUAGAAGUUAGCUUACCCAGCCCGUUAUCUAUUUGCGAAGCUUUUGUUUACACCGAUCAAGCACUUCCAAUCGAACGCUGUCCCGUCUUCCGUGAUCAACCGCCAGGCGCUUCAGCUUCGUACAACGGAAAAUGUUACAUUUUCUACAAUCGACAGCCGAUGAAUUUCAAGGACUCAUUAGGUUUUUGUCGAGCUCGUGGCGGUACUUUGAUCGACGAGAGCAAUCCGGCUUUGCAAGGAUUCAUCAGUUGGGAAUUGUGGCGCAGACAUCGAAGUGACGCUUCGUCACAGUAUUGGAUGGGUGCUGUACGAGAUACAAAGGAUCGGAAUGCAUGGAAGUGGAUUGAUGGUGAAGAGGUCACAGUGUCGUUCUGGAAUUUACCCGGCGGAGAUGAGAAUUGUGCACGUUACGACGGAUCGAAAGGCUGGUUGUGGAGUGAUACGAACUGUAAUACACCGUUGAAUUUCAUUUGCCAACAUCAACCGAAGGCAUGUGGUCGACCUGAACAGCCACCCAACUCAACAAUGAUUGCACCGAAAGGAUUUGACGUAGGGGCAACAGUAGAAUAUUCCUGUGAUGAUGGUCAUCUUUUAGUGGGACCAACGUCUCGUACAUGUCUAGAAACUGGAUUUUACAACGAAUUUCCCCCAGUGUGCAAAAAUAUCGAAUGUGGUCUUCCAGCUUCAAUUCCACAUGGUUCAUAUGAUUUGGUAAACGGUUCUGUUGGCUAUCUGAGUACCGUCAUUUACAAAUGUAACACCGGCUACGAAAUGCUUGGACGAGCGAUGCUAACCUGUGAUAUUGAUGAAAGAUGGAAUGGUCCGCCACCGAGAUGUGAAAUCAUUGAAUGUGAACUCCCGGAGAACUACGAAAAUGGUCAAAUCUUCUCGCCAAACGGAACAUUCUUUAAUUCUCAAUUGGAGUUUGUGUGUAACAAGGGUUAUAGAUUGGAUGGACCAAAAACAUUAACAUGCUUGGAGUCAGGGCAAUGGAGUGAAUUACUUCCCGCCUGUUUGAGGAUAUCCGAAACAAACCAUCCGACAGUUUUGCCGUCGGUCACGUCUAUCAAAACCAGACCAUCGAAACGACCAACCAGACCGCCAACACGACCGACAAAUCCAACAACAACAACAAUUUCCAGCUAUGAUGUCACCGAUGACGAUUCAGAAGAAGUCAUUAUUCCUGGCACGGUGCGCGAAGAAUUCCCACCACGACGACCAGCCGUUAAUGUUCAAACGAAAAAUGUUCAACCCUCGCCAACGCUCAAAGUGCGUCCACUGUCGCCCAACUAUGAUACAACGACUAAGAAUCCGCAAAACGUUAUUCUGGCCGCACAUCCGCAAGACAAUGAAAUUGCGAGCAGCGUGAACAUAAGAUCCGAUCAAUCGCCGAAUGUUAACAUUCCGUUCAGUGUGGAAAAUGAUCCAACCAAAGAACCGCAAGGAGCCAAACUAAAUCUUGGUGCUGUUGUUGCGUUGGGUGCCUUCGGUGGAUUUAUAUUCCUUACUGCAGUCAUCACAACCAUUUAUAUGUUGGUCAGAAGAAGUAGAAAGACACCACAUUAUCGUCAUCGUGCUUCACCCGACUGUAACACAGUUGCAUCGUUCGAUAGUUCCAGUUCGGAGUCGAGAAAUGGAUUGAACAGAUUACCUAACAAUUGCAGAUAUUACCGUCAAGCAUGGGAAAAUCUGCAUGAAUCAGCAUCAAAGAAUAGCUCACACAAUCACAAUCCGUUACGGCGAAAAGAGACAUUGGAUCAGCCAAAUUUGAGCCGAUCACGUGAUAACCUCACAAGAUCUAGAGACAAUUUAGAUGGUCGCGGACGAGAUUUUGGUCGUGACAAUCUAGGCUUAAGAGACGGUUCCGAAAUGGUUGUAGCCGAUGUCUGCGUUAAAGGCGAGAAAAAGCGACACCAUCAUCACCAUCACAAAAGUAACCAUCGAAGCGAUUUUCGCGAACCAAAUCUAGCAUCGAAUAAUGCAAGACGAGAACAUAGGCACAGUGGCGGUCAUUAUUGACCCAAAAUGGUUAUUACAAUCAAUCUAGACGAUUAACCUGAUACGGACGGCAUUAUGAUGUUAUAUGGACAGCUACAAUAAUAGUAAUAAAACGGGAAUGUGUGUUGUUACAGUUGAUGAAGUAAAAGAUUUUGUUUCAAUAUGUUGACAAAAUAUGAAUGGAACAAAAGAAGUAACAGAUUCGGGUAGCAACCAGUUUUGAUAAUGAUUGUCGUCUGUAAAAGGUAAAAUUUUGCAGGUUUUUUAAUUUUUAAUUUUCUGAUUAACAUUUUUAAAUGAAAAUGUUUGAGAUGUUAACCGAGCAAUAUCAAACGAGACAAAAAUUUUAAAAAACAUUUUUUAUCAAUAUUUCCAUUCCGUGUAUCAAAGAUACUAACAAAAAACAAAUAAAUGUAUGAACACUUGGACUUUUUUAAAAUGGUCGGUAGACUUAAUCACAAUACUGUUGAAUCAAAGAUACUAACAAAAAACAAAUAAAUGUAUGAACACUUGGACUUUUUUAAAAUGGUCGGUAGACUUAAUCACAAUACUGUUGAACAAUUCAGUGAAGGGUAAAUGCCAAAUAAAAUUGUACUUUGACCUAGGGAAUUUUGCAAUUUUCAAACAAUUCCAGCUAAUUCAUUUUUCUCAAUUUUCAUUUUCCCUUUUCAAUUUACAUAAAGUCUUCCUCAUCGAGUUGUGUAAUAGAUUAAUAGAUGAAUAUACACCGGACGCUUAAAAAUAAAAAAAAAUUGAUGGUCGAUAAAGUACAGUACACGCAUAUUUACAGCUCAAUAAACGUUAAGAUUCUUUUCUCUCAAUUUUCCUAUUUUAGAUUAGGCCGACAAGUUCAUAGUUUAUAAAGAUGAAAAAAA